UUGCGUUUGAGAAAGUGCCCUCCCGGCUCCUGUAGCCACCGGAAACAGACGGAGGAGGGGCAGUAAAGAUGGCGCUGCGCGGUGUAGCCUCGGUGUCCCGGAGAAAUUCAGCGGACUCGUGGUUCCGAAACGUCCGAACAUUCGUCACAACAGCUCACCUGUGCAAGCGCGUCCCCCCCCUGGGUCCCAUGCCAAACGAGGAGAUCGACGUCUCCAGCCUGGAGUCCCUGGAGAAGUACCGCAGCUACACGCGGUACCUCCGAGCGGCCGAGGAGGCCAGGAGCAAACCGGCCUGGUGGAAGACCUACAGGAGCCACCUGGAGGGCGCCGACCCCGAACACGGUGCGGAGCGCGUGGACAUCGGACUGCCGUGCCGCGCCUCCCACAGGAGGAAGGAGGAGAAGGAGAGGAGACAGGUGAUGAGGAACAACAGGAGCAGCGUGGAGCUGGAGAGGGCGGCGCGCCUGAGGACGCUGAAAGUCGAUCUGGAUCGGGUCCAGGAGACCUGGGAGCAGACCGCCGCCCCGUUCCACGUCCGGAGGCUCGCCGACCACUACGGCGUCUUCAGGGAUCUCUUCCCCAACGCCUACUUCCUGCCGCAGGUCACGCUUCGCAUCCGCUACGGCCAGGACGGCGCCGCUCAGGUUCAUCACGGGAACCGUCUGACACCGACCCAGGCGGCGUCCCCCCCCGAGGUCAGCUUCGCUGCAGAGGAGGGCUCCCUCUGGACUCUGCUCCUCACGUCUCCAGACGAGCAUCUCCAGGACAGCGAGGCGGAGUACGUCCACUGGCUGCUGGGGAACGUCCCCGGCGCCGCGGUGCAGGAGGGGGAGGAGUUGUGUCACUAUCUGCCCCCGUUUCCGGCCCGAGGAACCGGCUUCCAGCGCUUCGUCUUCGUCCUCUUCAAGCAGGACGGACGCGUGGACUUCCAGGAGGACGCCAGGCCGUCGCCGUGUCUCUCCCUGCAGGAGCGCACCUUCAAGACGCUGGACUUCUACCGGAAGCACCAGGACCACAUGACGCCCGCCGGCCUGGCGUUCUUCCAGAGCCAGUGGGACGAGUCGGUGACGGACACCUUCCACGCCGUCCUCCGUAUGAGGGAGCCGGUGUUCGAGUUCGUCAGACCGCCGGUUUACCACCCGCCACAGGUCAAGUACCCCCACGGACAGCCACUGCGAUACCUGGACCGAUACCGGGACGGGCAGGAGCACACCUACGGGAUCUACUGAUGACAGGAUCCACUCCACAAUAAAGGAUUUAAAGGAU